UCGCAUGUAGUCGCACGCGGUCGCAUGCUCCUAUUUCUCCUUUCUCCCCUUUCCCAGUGCGAUCAGGAGUUACUCCGGUUACUCCUAAAAAUGGAAGCGGAUAUCUCAAUAAAGCAAAUAACGCAAACUUAUUCCCUGUUUUAUGAGGAUGAGCGUGAGUUGACUGACGAGGAGAAUGAGUCGAUUCGCUUGUGUUGUGAUUUGUUUCGUCAUAUCACUACGUCAACAGAGCCUCUCUCAACAUCCCAACAAUAUAGGAGGAUUAGAGCCCGCAACUUGCUUACAGAGGUGUAUCUGAAAGUUGGGGCCGAAGUAUUUUUGCUGUGCAUGCUGACGUGGUCUAUCACGGCAUUGGCAAGGUUUGAUUCAAAGAUCGUUCUUCCAAAGUUUCUCCAAUGGUGGAAGAGCACUCCUACGAAGGAAGGCCUAAAACGUACCGCUGAUAAAAUCUGCAACGACUAUGGGAUUAAGAAGCUAGUCAAACAAGUGAAAACGUUUUCUGGAAGUAUGCAUGUAUUCUUUAACGGGGUCUGUUCUGUUCGGAUACUAAGCUGA